GGGCCACUGAGCACUGGGCUCAUAAAAUAAUGAAAUAGUGGACUUCAACUACCAGCAUGCAUCGCUUCUGUCUCCCACUGACGCACUAACACACGUCAUAACCUCGCGCAGAACAUGGCUGCCGCGAAAACAAAACAGAUGAUCUGGGGGCAAAUUGUCGUCUGAUUUUUAGCGUAAAACCUUCAAAAAUGUCGGACAAAUUAGAAACGCUGUCUCUUCAGGAGCGACUGGACCGUCUGCGGGAGCUGACAGAGUUCACAGAAAACUGCAAAAAGCAGCUAAACGAGAUAUGUGAGACGCUGGGAUGGUCGCUGGACUCCAAGGACUCAAACCGGGAAGCGAUGGAGCAGUGUCCCUACGACCCGAACCACAGCGUCCCUGUAAGGAGCAUGGAGAAACACAAAGCCUCCUGCAGCCGCCGGAAGAUGGGCUACUCCUCUGAGGAGCAGGCGGAGAUGGUCGACCCCUCUGUGUGCUAUGAGAACAGCAGUGUCAGAAGCUUUACAAUGGAUAAAUCCACUCAACACCAGGUGAUCCUCCAGGCGAGAUCUGCUGCACCGCUGAUGAGGAUGGAAGGAGUCUUCUGGCAAGGUCAGUACACCGGCCAGCCCGUCGACGUGCCUCAGAACCACAAGCGAGCGCUUUGUGACCUCACUGUGGCCGACCGCUUGGCUCUGUACGACCACGUGACCGGAGUCCUCAACCAACAAGCUUCUUCCACCAGCAACGAAGAUCUCUACGUAGAUUUAGUGUCCAAACUCCAGAAAGAUGAAGAACAGAACGAACCAAAAACUCACCUGGAGCUGAUGGCAGAGAUGAGAGACUACAAGAGGCGGCGCCAGUCGUACCGAGCCAAGAACGUUCACAUCACUAAGAAGUCCUACACCGAGGUGAUCAGAGAGGUGAUCAACGUGCACUCACAGGAGCUGAGCAGACAGUGGAGAGAAGAGGAGGACCAGGAGGAGGAGGAGUCGGCCAUGAGGUCUGAACUCUCCUCCCACAGGCGGCGGCUGGCUGAGAGACGUUCAGCGUCCUCAGAGUCUCGUCACUCCCACAGCAGACGCCAUCGCAGCCGGGAACGAAGUCAAGACAGAGAGAGCCAGAAGAAGAGGAAGAAGAGGGAGAGGAGUUCCCGCUCCCCUGAUGACCACCACCACCACCACCACGACCGAAAGAAGAAGAAAAAGAAGAAGAAAGAGGAGAGGGAGAAGGAGAAGUGAUAGUGCAGGAUCAGCAGCAACAGAAGUCAGAUGAGAUAAGGUCAAAGGUCAUUGUGACCCCCUGCAGGUCUUAACAUUUUGAGUUCAUAAAAAAAGUUUGUUUUUUAAAUAAAUAAAUGGGAAUAAAGUUUUGGGAAAAAACAUUACCUCCAUUUCGAACCUUUUUUUCUUCACAAGUAAUAUUGUUUGGCGAUAUUUUGUGGCCCCCACCUCGAUAUGAAAGUUUAAUGUGAGUUUUAUAUGAAUGUCUCUUUACCGUGUUGUGUGUGGAAGGUCCCUUUAUUGCUCCAGCUGGAGCUUUGUUUCACUUGUUUCUAUGACGACGUUAACAAAAAGAAAGGCAGCUGCUACCGGAGCGUUUAUUAUCUGCCGUGUUGAA